AUGAUGCCAUUUCAGACCCUGGGGCAAGACGGACUCAGCUCAAGGAGGACAGCGCCGUCAACACAGGACGAAGCGCCGACGCGGCGUCGAGAUCAGCUCGUGGUGGCAGUAGCCGUGUUUUUCUCUGUGCUGCUGGCGUGCGCCCUCGCUGUACUGCUCUUCUUAGGACAUGUGAAGAAGGUCGGUUACUGCAUCACGGACGCGUGCAUUGAGCACGCCAAGAGGCUUUCGGCCACGAUAAACACCAGUCGCGAUCCAUGCGUCGACUUCUACGCGUUCGUUUGCGGCGGUUGGCAAAAGGAUUUUCCCGCGAUCUCUGUACAAGACAAACUGAACGAAGACGCCAGGAUGGACAUGAUCAAAGAGCUCGAAGCCGAUAUUUGGAGCGUUGGAAGAGCAAGCCGACUGUACAAAAGGUGUCUGGAUGCGCAACAGAGCGAUAUUUAUCACAACAUUUUCUGGCUCAACACUUUCAUGCAGGCUGUCAACCUAGAUUGGCCCUCUAGACAUCCCGACGCUACUAAAACACGUCCGCUAGAAGUUAUGAUCAAUAUGGCGGCCAAUUACGACUUGAAUUUCCUGUUCAGGUUAGAGAUCGCUACCAAUGCAAGUACGGGCAACAUCUUGGUCUUCCGGAGGCGUUACAACGGCGUAACCUGGAAUGACCGCCUCCAGAAACCCAUGACCCUGGUGGACUACGCGAGACUCGCCAGUGAGCAACUAAAGGCGUUGCAGCUAGUAGAAUACGUCGACUACGAGCCCUCACUGUUGCAGAACUUGGAGAAGUCAUUCACCGAAGUCAACAGCCAUGAAGUUCAAGGUGAGCAGUUAUGGUUUGUCAUAGGUGACCUUGACCCCAGGACAAAAAGCAUAGAACCUGGCCUGUGGUUAAAGGGUCUCAACAGCGCAUACAGCAACCAGAGCCUCUCUUGGGUAACAGAUAACUUCGCAGUACUCGAAGACCCCGAUAUCUUAGAAAGAAUUGACGCUCUUUUUCGCGACUACAGUGAGGUGGAGCUAUUGAUAGGAAUCGCCUGGAUGUUCAUCCAGACCCACAUUUGGGUGGCUAUCGGAAAUCCGGAACUCAUGUUCUAUGGCAACAUCGAAGAGAAAAAGCAGCUUGCGUGCCUGGAGUUCGUGAAUGCACGCCUCGCGCUUCUCGCCUCCACUAAUCAUAUAACGGACCUCUACCCUACGCACGAGGCACGCCUUGAAUUCGUAAGCUUUACGGAAAAUCUGAAAGCAGAGUUCAAUAAUAUUAUGAAAAAGACAUUUUGGGUCGACCGCGAGAUAAGGGAGACGGCGGCACGCAAGAUAGACAAGAUACACCUGAACGCAAUGCCCUCUGAGCAUUUCUUCCAGACACCGCAGCACGCAACGCUUUACGAACCGUUUCCCGACAGCAAACAGGCGGCGUUCAUGGAGAUCUGGCUGAACAGUUCGAAAGUGUACCAACGCCUGCAACUGAGCCAGCGCUUUCACGACGUCUACAAGAAGCAGCGCACAUUUCGCCACCAGGCAUACAAGUACACGUACCUCCUGAAUACCGUCGAUGCUGCUUUAGUGGCACUGGAACCACCACUAUUCUACCCGGGAGGCACGUUCGCCAUGAACUACGCCAGCGCGGGGACACUAAUUUCGAGAGAGAUGGUCAAGAGCGUCGACCCCAAGGGCACGACGAUUGACGACCGUGGAGAGAGCAUUCACUGGUGGGGCAAGUCGGAAUCGGCCGAGUACAAUCGCCGCCUAAACUGCGAUCUCGGAAAGGAGGCGGGACAGGCACCGAUGAGCGUCAUCCCUGCGGUACCGGCGCUCGAAGUAUCUUACUCGGCAUUCAAGGCUGCCGCCGAGCACGAGGCAAGCACGGCCGGUGGUGUGGAGGACUUGAGACUUCAGGGCUUGGAGAACUUUGUCGACAAGCAAAUAUUUUUUAUCAGUUACUGCUACGUGCUGUGUGGCAAGGAAGACGACGCCAGCCAGCGACGAGAGUGCAACGUGCCCCUACGGCACUCUUCUUUCUUCGUUGAUGUGUUCAAGUGCCCUAAAGGGUCACCCAUGAAUUUUCCUCAGAAGUGCUCAUUCUUUUUCUGA